GAAGCUCAGAGUUACUGUAGAGAGAAUCACAAAGACCUGAUCAGUGGAACGAAGCAGCUACAGGAUGAAGAAGUGAUGAAAUUGAUGAACUCUACAAGUGAUUCCUCAUACAUUGGUCUGUUCAGAGACACCUGGAGGUGGUCAGAUGGAAGCAGUUUCUCUUUCAGACACUGGAAUAAAAACUUUAACGAUCAGAUAAUCAACAGUGGUCAAUGUGCCAUGACUAAGUUUGAUGGUGAAGGCAGAUGGACGAAUGUGAGCUGUGAUAAUAAAAAACCCUUCAUCUGUUAUGAUGAUAAAUUGAUCCUGAUCAAAGAGGCGAUGAACUGGGAGGACGCCUUGUACUACUGCAGAGGUCACCACCAUGACCUGGUCACCAUCACCAACAUGGAUGAUCAGAGAUGGAUCCAGGAGAAAGUCAAGAACGCAUCGACUGGUUAUGUCUGGAUGGGUCUGCGUUACACCUGCACUCUGGAUUUCUGGUUCUGGGUCAGUGAUGAGGUGGUCAGAUAUAAGAACUGGGCUUUAGAUGGACAGAUGGACGACUGUGACAUGUCUGGAGCCAUGGAGACGGGAGGAGAACAUCAGUGGUUCAAGAAAGAUGAUGAUGUAAAAUUGAAUUUCAUCUGUUCUAAGAAUUAAAUCUGAAACUGUCCUCUGUGAGAAACAAUUUCCUCUGUUUUCAUCGUUGCAAGUU